GCCGCCUGUUGAUCGCCGCGCUUGCCCGGGCCGCGGCGCCGCCCCAGCUCAUCCGACCCCGUUACCUCGGGGUUGACAGGCCGACGGCCAGCACCGCUGGCUCCGGGAUGAGCGCACGGACGGUGCUAAUCUGAAGUCUCAGGAAGCUGGACUACUUCAAGGUGCAUGGUCCAUGAGAAAGGCAUAUAAGAAGCUAUGGCACUCCCCUUUCAAAAAGAGCUGGAGAAAUACAAGAACAUUGAUGAAGAUGAGCUUCUUGGCAAGCUCUCAGAAGAGGAACUGAAACAGUUGGAAAAUGUUCUAGAUGACCUAGAUCCUGAGAGUGCCAUGCUGCCAGCUGGAUUCCGACAGAAAGACCAGACACAGAAAGCAGCCACCGGCCCGUUUGACCGCGAGCACCUCCUCAUGUACCUGGAAAAGGAGGCCUUGGAACAGAAAGACAGGGAGGAUUUUGUGCCCUUCACUGGAGAAAAGAAAGGAAGAGUCUUCAUUCCCAAAGAAAAGCCUGUAGAAACUCGUAAAGAAGAAAAGGUGACCCUGGAUCCAGAACUGGAAGAAGCCUUGGCCAGUAAUGCUCAUUCAUUGUUGUCUUUGUUUUUAGCUGUCCUUGGAGUACACAAUUUGCUGAACAAUCCAAAGUUUGAUGAAGAAACAACCAACGACAAAGGUGGCAAGGGCCCCGUAAGAAAUGUGGUCAAAGGUGAAAAGGUCAAGCCAAUAUUUGAGGAACCACCCAAUCCCACAAAUGUGGAAGUCAGUCUGCAACAGAUGAAAGCCAAUGAUCCCAGCCUACAAGAAGUCAACCUCAACAACAUCAAGAACAUUCCGAUUCCAACCUUGAAGGAAUUUGCAAAGGCUCUGGAGACCAACACUCAUGUAAAGAAGUUCAGCCUGGCUGCAACCCGCAGCAAUGACCCUGUGGCCAUUAGGCAGCAGUUGGGAACAGCUGUAGAGAUGGAAAUUGCYCAGAUGCUGGAAGAAAAUUCAAGGAUCCUCAAGUUUGGAUACCAGUUUACCAAGCAAGGGCCACGGACAAGAGUGGCAGCUGCCAUCACAAAGAAUAAUGACCUGGUUCGUAAGAAGAGAGUUGAAGGAGACCGAAGGUAAACGUCCACUAGAAGAGAGGAACUUUCACCACACAGCCAUCUAAAAACCGACACAAACUCUUCUCCUUCCCYGUGGGACCAUUUUGUCAAAGGUUGUUCA